AUGAGGAUACUCAUCUUUCUUCUCGGAGUGCUCGUCUUGACAUCAGCGCUUUCAAAAUCGGAUCGAAAAUCGCGAAAACAUGAAGCGGAUAGCACGGAGACAGCGAAAAAGAAAGUGGAUACAAGUCAAGAAAAAGUGACAACGGAAGAAGCGACUGAGCCACUCAACUACCCGCCUACAUCGAUCACAAAGGAGAACAUCAAGGAAAACGAGGAAAUCAUUGACGAUGGAGAGCGCAAAUUCGAACAUGCUGCUCUGGCCUAUAUUACUCCGUGGAACGGACGAGGAUACGAUUUAGCGAAAUGGGCUGCAAAAAAGUUUACCCACAUCGCGCCGGUUUGGCUUCAGAUGAGGCCCCAAACAGCGGACAUGGCUGCAAGUUGUCGAAUAGAAGGAACUCACGAUAUUGAUCAUGGUUGGAUGAAUGACGUUCGAUCGAAUAACAGUGCUAUCAAAUUCGUUCCUCGAGUCCUCUUCGAGCACUGGAGUUCCGAGGAAAUGCAUCGUUUUUUGGGUAGUGAGGCUUGGACACAACGCUGUUUGCAGGAUCUUUUACACUUUUUACAACGAAAUCAAUUUGACGGCGCUGUAAUCGAGAUCUGGAUGUCAGCAAUGAUGCAGAGUCGAGGAGGGGCAACAAAUUACCUCAUUGAGACGCUCAACAAUUGGGGUGAGGCUUUCCACGAGAAAGGAAUGCAAAUCAUCGCUCCCGUUGGACCGCCACUCAACGACAAGAAUGAAGUCACGGGAAUCUUCACCAAGGAAAUGUUGGAAUCGCUACCAUUGGUUGACUAUUUACAAGUGAUGACUUACGAUUUCCCAGGUGGCCGAGGAGUUGCACCGUAUGAUUGGGUGCACGAAACGAUUCGUGUUCUAACUCAAGAUAAUCCACGAAACGCGGAGAGGUUGAUGAUUGGCAUGAAUCACUAUGGGUAUCGAUUCGUACAAGCUGGCGAAUCGGCAGCAAUUCAACGAAAUCAAUUUCUUGAAGAGCUCGAGCAAGAGGGCGCCAAAUUUGAAUGGGAUGAUACGGUGAAAGAACAUCGCGUUGUUACAGAGGAAGCGAUCUCAUAUUACCCGACGUUGACAAGCAUCGAGCUUCGACUAAAUUUGGCCAAAAAAUACGGUGUUGGCAUCGGCAUCUGGGAGCUCGGACAAGGAAUGCACUAUUGGACUCAAUUAUUG